UUUAAAAGUUGAUUACAUUUUGGGCAGACAUAGAUAUACAUGAUGGCAUUGAAAGAACUGUAUCUUUUUAUGGCUACAGUAUUUGUACUGUCUGGAAACCACAAAUGCAUUGCAGAAACUGUCCGCAACACUGGGAAGCCGUCAUUUCAAACUCUCUCUCUGACUUCCAUCCCGUUAAACGACAGCCAUACCACCUAUAGAGGCGUCUUUCUAGCUCCUCCCGACACUCAGUUUAGAUUCAAGGGGGAAAUGAUAGACGUCACAAAAGGCGAAAACAAUGUGGUGGAAGCAAUUUUGUCAAAUAACGAUAAAAAUGUCAACUAUAGAUAUGGAAGGUGGUUAACUCUGACGUCAGAGUCUAAGCAAGAAACCUUAAAACUAUACAUCAAUAACAACUAUAACUUUCGCACCCAGACCUUCGUUGAAAACAGCUGCGAAUUUGGAAUAGAAAAGCUUCAGAAAGACACACGCACCGAAUAUAAAGCAACUGUACGAAACUGCGCGGAGAGCGAAAAUAUUUCAAAAUACUUUAUUGUUCAUCUUCUCGACCAAUCGGGGGACCGUAUAACUCAAAUAACGUCUCGAAAGAUAAGCUCUCAGGAAAAUGGCCGUAUUUCAGAAAACAAGUACGUCAACACUUACUAUAGAAGUGAUGAAGAUGAUAUUUACUACGCCAUAUUGGAUUAUCCCGCCAUUGAGGCUGAUGGUUUGAUUAUACAAAGCUUUUCGUUUGUUUUGUAUGCUUCAGCGAGAUAUGACUACACAGGAGACGCCAUAGCUGAGAUUAAGGCUUGGUACUAUGAUCUAUAAAAACUGUAAGGGCUUUAAAAGAGUAAAUCGUUAUGAAAAAGACAUUAUCAUUUCGAAUGAUAUAUAACCGUUCAUUUAGCUGCUUUGAAAAUAUUUUUGAUCACUUUUUUUUUAUUUUCAAGAGUAAAAUACUUAAAUCAAACUAUGUCUAUAAGUAUGGUUGGU